AUCUAAAAGUUGGGCGUGCGCAGAGUAAAAUGAAAAUGUUAAGGAUAAAUACAACUAUACUUGUCAGCCAGAAACAUUGGUCUAUUUUGUAACUGAUAAAGAUUGUUGUUUACUUAAUAUUAAGAAUAUUUAAUAAUUUGUUUAAAAUCGAGGAGAGAAAGAUCCUUGAAUGGAAUAAAAGUCAGUUUGUGGCAAAAAAAGCAACAUGAUAACAUUCGUUUGCAAUCAUUGGGCGACUAUGCAAUUCUUCAUUUAUAUUUUGGCUUUUACGAUUACGUUUAGAGUGUCCAUUUGUGAGGGAUCAUUUAUACUGCCAGAAAAUGAAGCUCCUACUACAGCACCAAAAUUUUUGUCUAGGGGCCACCUUUAUAAAGUAAUUGUUGGCGAAACAAUUGAAUUGCCAUGUAAAGUUCAAAAUCUUGGUUCAUACGUAUUGCUAUGGAGAAAAGGCUCUUCCGUUCUCACUGCUGGUCACUUAAAAAUUUCAAGAGAUCAGAGAUUUAAAAUUGGUACAGACUACAAUCUUCAGAUAAACGGUGUUAAAACUCAAGAUGCCGGCGACUAUAUUUGCCAGCUUGGAGACCAGGAGAAUCGAGAUCAGGUUCACACGGUUGAAAUAUUAGUUCCACCAACGCUGAGAGCCCUUCCACAUAAUGGUCAAGUGACUGCGCGAAAGGGAAGCACAGUUACACUCGAGUGUAAGGCAUCGGGCAAUCCAGUCCCAACAAUAUACUGGUUCAAAAAAGACGUUUACUCUGGACCAACCCAUUUGUCAGACAGCUCUACCUUGAUUUUAGAAAAUGUCGAUAGACAUCAUGCAGGCACAUAUCAAUGUUCUGCCGACAAUGGUGUUAAAGAACGAGUAUCAAUGGAUAUUCAGCUAACAAUUUUAUCUCCUCCGGAAAUUACUGUGGAGAAAGCAUGGGUUCACGCCGCAGAAGGAUACGACAUAGAGCUUGUAUGUGUUGUUCAUGGGGAUGUAAAUUCUGAAAUGCUGUGGUACCAGAACUCGUUCCUAUUGGAUCCAACUGAUCGACGCUCGAUGUAUCCUCAUGAUGAUAGAUACAGUCUUAUUAUCCGAAAUUUUCAACAAACUGAUUUUGGGAACUAUAGCUGUGUUGCCGACAAUGCGCUAGGGCGUACGAAGAAAUACAUUGAGGUUUCUGGAAGACCGGGUCCAGCCGAUUUUAUCUCACCAGCCUUAAGUGGUUUUCUAGAUCAUUAUAACUUGACUUGGACAAUAGAGUCGAUACCACCCCUAGAUGAAAUUAAAUUAUUAUAUCGAAGGCUGCUUAUGAACGAAACUUACCAGCAUCCUGGUAAAUGGCACGAAUAUCACAUAAAGCCAAUUCCGAUCCGGACUGACAGCACACACUAUUUAAUGUCAUACGUUGUACGCAACUUGGAACAUAAUGCUGUCUAUGAGGCAAUAGUGCAAGCUAAAAAUAAAUAUGGAUGGAAUGAGAUAAGCGACAUUCAUCAAUUUUAUACUCGAAAUCAUGAUCUUCUUCUCGACAUCGAUAUGGAAUACAAAAUGGGAAUUUCAAGUUGUAAUCGAUUAGAAAUCGCCAUGGUCCUAUUACUUUUACCUUACAUUAUUUUAAGUGUAUCGGUUAAGAUUAUUAUUUAAAAAUAUUCAGUUAUGUUAAAAAAAAAUUAAGUUCAAA